AUGCAGAACACCAUCUUCCGCCAGCUAGCUGCCCGUCUGCGGCCGCGAGCCCUGCCGACACACGCCUUUGCUGCCGGCUCGCCAGCUAUCUGCGCCGUCCGCCGUAUCUCCUCCUCUCCUCUGGCCGGCCCGCGCGCCUACAAGACCAAAAAGGUCUGGCCGCCCGACUUCAACCUGCUGUCGCCACAGGAGCAGCUGCGCUUCGAGAAGCGCUUCAAGCGGCGCAUGGCGCUGCGGGCAGAACGGCCGCGCUGGAUCAAGUUUGUCAAGCUCGCACAGCUGUUCACAAUCACCACCGUGCUCAUCUAUUGCGUUUUGUUCAUGGAGUGGGAUCGCGGCCCAACACCGUUUGACGAUCUACGUGCCUGGUUCUGGGACGUUCUGGGGACUCGGCAGGGCGGAGCACUGCAGCGCGGAAAAGACUCGGAUAGCAGGAGUAGUGGUGCGGCAGCCGAGCCGCGGACGGAGACGAAGUAG